AUGGGAAUUUUGGCCAGUAGGCAACAUGCUGGGGUAGAAGAAGCAGAUGUAGUUUCCAAUCUAGCUUACAAAUAUCCACCUAGAUCGGGUAAUUACUUUGGAAGUCAUUUUAUAAUGGGAGGUGAGAGGUUUGACACACCCCAACCAGAAGCAUAUUUGUUUGGUGAAAAUGCUGAUCUUAACUUUCUGGGCAGUAGACCUACACCAUUUCCAUAUCCUCCACCACAAUCAAAUGAGCCAACGAAAACCUUAAAAAGUCUUGUUAACAUUCGUAAAGAGUCACUUAGAUUUGUUCGUUGCCCAGAACCUGUUGGCAAGAUAAAUGAUACAAAUAAAAUAGGUGAUGGAAUUGUGAAAUCUGUAGAAUGUAAUGGCAAAGGUUCCUACUACAACAUUGAGUUCACAUUUGAUUGUGAUGUUCGUUGUGCCAUAACAAUUUUCUAUUUUUGUACUGAAGAAGUUACACCUACUGGAGUUGUAUACUAUCCUCGAGACCCUUCGAUUACAUCACAAACCUAUCAUUACAAAAAAGGAGCUAACCAACAAUUUUGUCAGAUAUCUCAUGUGUUUGACCCUUCAAAGCAUCCUGAAGAGGAUUUAAUGUAUAAUGCUGAUAAAGAGAUAAUACCCGUUGCUAUAUAUUGUGUAGUUGAUGAAGGACAAGAUGAAAUACGGCAAUCACACACUACUAUAGCUGUUAUAGAAAAACAUUCAGAUGGAACAUAUGUGCUAAAGGCUCUUAAACAGAAACUAUUUGUGGAUGGACUUUGCUAUCUGUUGCAAGAGAUAUAUGGCAUUGAAAACAAGAAUUUAGAUACUAAGCCAAGUUCUGAUGAAGAAACAGAAGAUGGCGGAUCUGAAUGUGUAAUAUGCAUGUGCGAUGUUCGCGACACACUAAUCCUGCCGUGCCGCCAUCUUUGCCUUUGCAACUCCUGUGCAGAUUCACUGCGAUACCAAGCUAAUAAUUGUCCUAUUUGCCGGGCACCGUUCAGAGCCCUACUACAAAUUAGGGCUCUCCAAAGAAUCACUAAUCCCUCGAUGCCGUCUGCUCCAAGUCCACCAGAUGGCAGCAUGGAGAACAUCCCGGCGGGUUACGAGCCGGUGUCGCUGAUCGAGGCGCUGAACGGGCCGCCGCCGCCGCGCGCGCGCGCGCCGCCCGCGCCCGCCAUCGCCAGCCCCGACACCGACACCGCCUCGCAGGCGGCGGAGGUGCUGAACCGCUGCAACCUGGAGCGCAGCUCGUCCACCAGCCUGGGCAGCGCCGGCAGCCGCAAGCCGGCGCCCGCGCCCGCGCCGCACGCGCCCCUCACGCCCGAGUUCCGCAUGUCGGUGCUGCUGGCACGCGAGGAGGAGAGCGCGCGCGCGGAGAAGGCGGCCAGCCCGCUGCUCAGCGCGCGCCGCGUGCGGCUGUCCAAGAGUUCGCUGAACUCGGAGACGCGGUCGGAGGAGGAGGCGGAGGGCGCGGCCGACGCGGAGCCCGACAGCGACGCAGAGCGCCGCUCGCCGCUACUCACGCAGCUCACCAAUGGAGUACUGAAGUCCCCUCCUGCCAACGGCGUGGCGGCGGGCGCGGAGGCGCUGGCGCACAUCGACGACACCGACACGGACGAGCCCGACCAGCCGCCGCUCUCGGUGCCGGAGCCGCCGGAGCCGCGCGCGGACGACUCGGACUACUUCACGCCGGAGGAGCCCGCCACCACCAUCCUCACGGCGCCGCCCGCGCCCGCCGCGCCCGCCGCCGCGCCCGCCGAGACAGCGCCCGGCGCGGCGGCCGAGUGCACCCCCCAGCGCUGGGUUCUGCCGCACCACGUGACAUCCCUUCCUGGCACCCCCCUCUCCCAGUCCAGCGUGCGGUCGUCGGGCGACUCGUACAGCUCGACGUCGUCCACGCGCCAGCUGCUGGCCGCGCCGCUGGCCGCCGACACGCCCUGC